UCACUGACAAUCGCAAAUCUCAAAGUUAUCUGUUGAUCGAUGUAUUUAUUAUUUUCGUGAUACCUUAAAACAUGGACAAAAAUAAGGCUGAGAGUACGACCAGAAGCAGACGUAGUCGAUGCCGGUUAUGUAGGGAGUUGUGUGAACCAAACAAGCUCUUGUGGGAUCGUGAUUUUCGUGAAAAAUUGCAAGACAUCAUCUGCCUCUGGAUUAAAAUAUCCCCUGGUGCCGAAAAGUACCACGUUUGCAGUUCGUGCCAAAACCAAGUAGAAGUCUUCUACUCUUUCAAGAGGCGCAGCCGUCAAAUACUCCACGGUGAGAAAGCAGGCGUGCUAUCAAGCGAUGAUUAUGAAGUUCCCCUUCCAUUGGAAACACUUUUGGAGAACUGUACAAACGAAGUCACAUUGCCACCGGAAACUUUGGAAGAGCUGGCUCAAACAUCUAUCGAUGCAAAAUCUCUAAAGAAUGAAUACGCGAAAAAGGAUCACCCUAAACCAAAGCCACCAAAAGUCAAACCCGUUAAAAAGAAAUGCGUCACAUUGCCACCAGAAACUUUGUCAGAUUUGGCUCCAUUUCUCUUGGAUGACCACCACCAAGGACAGGAUGAUUAUGAUGAUAACGCACAACCAGGACCACUGGAGGAGAAACCCGUGAAAAUAGAACGCCCCUUCCGGCGUAAGUACAGACGAACCGAGGAGGAGCAAACCAUGACGAAGGACGAAUACAAAAAGUACUACAUCCGACAGUACCUGGAUCGAUGUAAAAAGAUGUGCGACAUAUGUGGCAAAUCAAUUGACCCGAAGCGAAUGGACAGUCAUAUGAACCGGCAUAACGGCCUACAGCCGUAUACCUGCGACGAGUGCGGACUGCAGUUCCACUGCCGCAUGAAUUUGCGUAAACACAUCAACCGGAGUCAUGCCAAAGGUAAUGAGAUGACCUGCGACAUAUGUGGUAGGGUUUCCAGUAGUAAAAUCGCCCACACACAACAUCUGAGAGCGGUUCACGAGGAGAAGAAGUUCCAGUGUGCACUGUGUGGGGUUAAAACUCUCACAAAAAGAGCUCUCGCCAGCCACAUGGAUAUCCACAACCAACGGAGGGACUUUGUGUGUCCCCAGUGCGGUAAGGCUUUCUAUAGGAAGUACGUGCUAAGUAUCCAUCUAAGGACGCACUCCGGUGAGACACCGUACAAGUGCCAUGUAUGUUCUGAGGCUUUCGUACACCGGCGAAUCUACGUGAUGCACAUGAAGAAGCAUCAUCCCGAUGAACCGCUAAUGCGGAUCGACGGGGUGAAGGCGCUGAAGGAGGCCCUCAUGAAGAAGAAUUUUGUGUAAGCUGUGUUAUUGAGCUUCAAAUAUGAAAAUAUACAUCAUGGCCAAAUCUCUA